AAAACCUCACCCGGAAGUAGUUGACCCAAUGCAGGUGGCGUACAUCCUGAACAUUUGACAACAUUCACCGUCUUUUCUUACAGAAAACAAACAUGUAAUAGAUCCACACAGCGAGGUUUGUGUACAUCAACGAAGGAGACUAGUUUGUGGCCAGUGUAGACUAUGUAUUGGAGACAAUAAGAGAAGAAAAAAGAAACGGCUAAUUUUCUGAUGGACAUAAUAUUGUGCGUUUUCGUUGUGCCGUCGUAUCGCUAUUUCACUUCGUCGGUGGAAAUGAGUAUGGACAUGUAGCAAAUGUGGAGUUUUCUGUAAAAUAUCAUCGACUUUUUCCAUGUUUAAUAGUGUGUUGUGUGCUCCGAGAGGGAACCGAGGUCGCACACCCUGCAGGCCUUUACUGUGUGUUUGUUUUCUACUUUAAAACAUUAGCAGUGGUUUUUGGAUUAGUUUUGCUAACAAGUCAGUGUAACGUUACGAUAAGAGUUUACACAGCACAAACGUAACGUUACAAUGAGUUUCUUUAGUUUUGGACAAAGUGCAGAAAUCGAUGUAGUCCUGAAUGACGCUGAAACGAGGAAGAAGGCUGAGCACAAGACUGAAGAUGGAAAGAAAGACAAAUACUUUCUUUUCUAUGAUGGCGAAACUGUCAGUGGAAAGGUGAAUGUCACACUGAAGAACCCCGGCAAGAGGCUGGAGCACCAAGGGAUCAAAAUUGAAUUUGUUGGCCAGAUAGAGCUGUAUUACGACAGAGGAAACCAUCAUGAGUUUGUUUCCCUGGUGAAAGAUCUUGCAAGACCAGGUGAAAUAACUCAGUCGCAGACCUUCGACUUUGAGUUCACUCAUGUUGAAAAACCUUACGAGUCCUACACAGGCCAGAAUGUCAAGCUAAGAUAUUUUCUUCGUGCCACGGUGAUCAGAAGACUAAAUGACAUCAGUAAAGAGAUGGACAUUGUGGUCCACACAUUGAGCACUUACCCCGAACUCAACUCCUCCAUUAAAAUGGAAGUUGGAAUUGAGGAUUGUCUCCACAUUGAGUUUGAGUACAAUAAAUCCAAGUACCAUCUGAAAGAUGUAAUUGUGGGAAAAAUCUAUUUCCUGCUGGUGAGGAUUAAGAUUAGGCACAUGGAGAUAGACAUCAUCAAGCGCGAGACAACAGGCACCGGCCCAAGUGUAUACCAUGAAAAUGACACUAUCGCCAAGUACGAGAUCAUGGAUGGAGCUCCGGUCAGGGGAGAGUCCAUUCCCAUCCGGUUAUUUCUGGCUGGUUAUGAUCUGACCCCCACCAUGCGAGACAUCAACAAGAAGUUCUCAGUGCGCUACUACCUGAACCUGGUGCUGAUCGAUGAGGAGGAGAGACGCUACUUCAAACAGCAGGAAAUCACACUGUGGAGGAAAGGGGACGUGGUGAGGAAGAGCAUGUCUCAUCAGGCUGCCAUCGCCUCUCAGAGGUUCGAGGGCUCGGCUGCAUCAGAGAGCGCACUGGAGCAGGCUGCAAAGGAGGAGAGCGGGUAGAGCCGCAGCCCUCCAGUCUGGUUGGAGUGGUGGAGGUACAACAUCUGGUGAAACAGCUGUUUUAUUUGUAGCCGCUGCUGGUAAAAGGGAGGACGAAGGGAGACCGACAUACAGUAAUACAGUAUGUGAACAAUGAAACAGUUUGCAUGAGGCAUUCAAAGUGGCUUCAGGCUGCUGGUCUUUCCCUUCCUCAUUAGUGUAUUUUUUUUCCUUUCUUUCUGGGAAUCAAACUAACCACCUGUCGCGAUGUCCACUGUGUAAAAUCUUUCAUGUGAAAUUCUUGAAUUUUUAAGCCUUCUGUUGGUUACAGUACAUUCUAAUGCUUUUUUGAGAUAAAUUGAUUUCUAAUCUCGUAAUUAACGCAACUGAACUGUCAUGAAUUUUCAACAAAAUGUAUCUCCAACAUUCCACCUUUAAAUGGAUGCAUUCCUAACACUGUUAUAAGGUCAAGAAAUCUGAGAUAACUUUGCACUGCUAUAUCUUGCUGAACACAUUUUUCUGUUUUGUGUUUGUGUGUUUGCACAAAAAAAGUGGAAACUGGAAUCUUUUUCCUUUUUGAGCGAGGGCUUAAGUAUUAUCCCACACAUUUUUUUUUUUAAUCUGUAUAUUAUGACCAGCUAAAACCUUUAAUCCUGUUCCCUGUCUCAGCUUGUGUACAUUGAUUAUACAAUACACAGUGCCACAAAAUGACCUUUCAUGUUCAUAUGCUUUACCUCAGCAUUCCAGUGGUGUUAGGAAAGGGUGUUGUUUUAAGGUCUGAAAGUAUGAAGUCUUCUGUAUCCUCUUUAUUAGACUUGAAAGUUGUGCCUAAGUGUAUCAAGCAAAUGAAAUCCUCCUGCCUCUAACAUAAUUUUAGUCUUUUAACCAGAGAAAACUUACAGUAGAAUUAUCUAUCUUUUGCAAAAUGCUAAUCAAUUAUUCCUUGUCCCCAAAACUGAAAUAAAUUGAUGCCAAAUGAAAAAAAAAAA